CGCGCCGAUUUGUGGCCGGGGCGCGGUGCCGGAAGCCCGUUGCCGCCGUUGCCGCCGCCAUGUCGUCGGACGCGGAGGUGAUGGGCGCGCAGCCGGCCGGUAACGGCGCGCUGGACGGCGCCGAGGAGGACCCGGCCGCCGCCUUCCUGGCGCAGCAGGAGAACGAGAUCGCGGGCAUCGAGAGCGACGAGGGGUACGGCAUCCUGGACAGCGGCGACGUGCCGCCCGCGCUGCAGGCCGCCGACGGAUUCGCUCCCGGUGCUGUUGAUGGAAUGAUUAAUGGAGAUGUCUAUCAGGAGAGUAAUGGUCCAACAGACUGCUAUGCUGCCAUAUCACAAGUAGAUCGACUGCAGUCAGAACCAGAGAGUAUUCGUAAGUGGAGAGAGGAGCAAAAGGAGCGCCUGGAGCAGCUUGAUGCUAACUCACGAAAGCAGGAAGCAGAAUGGAAAGAGAAAGCAAUAAAGGAGUUGGAGGAGUGGUAUGCCAGGCAAGAUGAAAAGCUCCAGAAAACAAAAGCCAGCAACAGGGUGGCAGAUGAAGCUUUCUACAAACAACCCUUCGCUGAUGUGAUUGGUUAUGUCACAAACAUAAAUCAUCCUUGCUACAGCCUAGAACAGGCAGCGGAAGAAGCCUUUGUGAAUGAUGCAGAAGAUGUUUUUCCGGGCACUGAGUGGGAACGUGUGGCUCAGCUCUGUGACUUUAAUCCCAAGUCUAGUAAGCAGGCUAAAGAUGUGUCCCGCAUGCGUUCAGUCCUCAUCUCACUCAAGCAGGCUCCGCUGGUUCGCUGAAGGAAAGCACAAUGGAAACACUACAAAUGCAAUAUCUUAACCUUACUCAGAGAAGCUGUGUUUGCAGUAAUUGGAUUAAUUGUUUCAAUGUUUUUUUGGACCAAACCUCAUGAUGUAUCUAGAGCUGAUCAUUGUUUGAUUGCAUGUUCUUCCUCGUGUUUCCUUCGUGUCUGGGAGAACCUCCAGAACUGUAGUCUCUGUGCUGUUUGCACUGAGAUGUCACUUCCAACAUUACUGAUAUUAAAGAUCUGUUAAACAGCAAAA